UGGGUUCGCGGUUACUCUGGUUACCGGACGCUGCGGCCUGAAGAUGUGCUCGGUGCUGCCGCUCCUGCUGCUCGGUGCCGUGCUGGCGUUAAAGGUCAGAGCAGUGACGGGGGCUUCCGGGGACGUGGUGAUUUGCACCUGCGACCUGACCCCCGGGAUUUGUGACAUCAACUGCUGCUGUGAUCCUGACUGCACCAGUACUGACGCCACAAGUGUCUUCUCCUACUGUCUGCCUGGGAGUAACAAGGUGCACAUACAGGUGUGUCUCUACAACUGGCUGAUAUUCCGAAGUAACACCCCGUAUUCAACUGUUCUCGUCACAUCCUCUUCAGUGCCCAGAACUCCUGACCUAUUCUGUGUCCUCCCAGGGGAUUCCACGCUGAAUUACUUCGUCACUCCACAGACUGUUAAUGAGACAAAUUUCUCAAGCUUAAGCGAGACAUAUAAAGGAUUCUCAUUUUCUCCUGUCUCUUUACCUGUCCCGACAUUCACCAGCUUCUACAAAGCGGGUGACCCAAUACUGACUCUUUCUGCACCUGGGGUUCUUGGAGUGUUGAGACAGCCGGCACCGGUGGGGGCACAAAUCUUUUGCUCUGACACCAACCCAGCAAGAUUUCUCCAAAAUGGCACCACUUCCUGUAUGCGAAUAAUCAGCGACUUAAACACAAGCUGCCUGUCCGACCGAGCACUGAGCGCCAGCAGUUAUUAUCAGAAUAUCAGCGUGCUAAGGGUUCCGACUGAUGCCGCAAAUAAGACGGCAUUAAAUGUAGAGGUGACGGGCCUUGUCCCAGAAAGCCCAGCGCUGCGUGGAAACAGCUGUGACAAUGUCGUCUCUCAGGUGAUCUAUACCGUGGUGUAUAAUGGGACUCAGGGUAUCCAGAAUGUGUCGGUCAGUUUCAUUCUGCUCAAUGUUACUUCCAGUCAGUUACUGACUCAGAGCUUCACUGGGCUGUACAAGUCUGCGUCAGCGACUUCUGUGAGUUCGGUGACAAGGAGCGGCAAUCCAGGAUACCUGACGGGACUCCCCGUACUGACUGACAGUGGAUCUCUGUCUCUUCUGACUCUACAAGGAGAUGGUUCAUGUUCGCACAGUCCUGUGCAGUUUGGAGUGAACUCAGUGAGUGGCUGCCCCAUCACGGUUGGCGACAAUGAGACCUGCAGUGACCUCCGUGCCCGAGCCUAUAAUCUGCUCCUGGGUGGCAGCUUGCCUCAGAGAGUGGCAACCUUUGGAAAUGCCACAGUCACUCAGAAUGCAGACUGGACAUCCAUCAUCUACCAAAACUGUAGCACCCAGAAUGAUGUUAACUGCACCACCGGAUGUCUCGUACCUGUUUACCUGCAUGUGCAGAUCUUGUGGGUGGAAGUUGGCCUCCUUUCAAAUCCCGAAGCUCAGGUUCAAGGUGCCCGAUUCAAAUACAGUUGCCAAUCUGUCAAGUGUCGUGAUGUCGUCAUGCUCCACACACAGGCCUCAUUCACAGAUAUUACACGUCGUGGACCAGCUCCUCGUUCACAGCCCAGCAUCACCGACCGCGAACCGCUAGACUUUUUCUUCCCUUUCCAAACAAAUGGAGCUGUGCAGACGUGUGCACUAGUACAGCUAAUACUCUGCAUCACCUCUCUAUGCCUGUGUCUUUAGCACGUCAGGCUCUGUAACAUUACUGACACGCUCAAUCAUUGGGAAUGACAGCGAAAUAGCAGGCGCACUGAGUCUUCAAUCCCUCUCUAGAGGUAUUCAUCAAAAUACAAACUGAUUAACGUGUGCACGGAUUCUAGAUAUACCAGUAAUCACCUACCAGCA